AUGGCUUUAUACACGCAACCAAAGAUUAAUCUUACACGGUACAGCGUCGAAUCGUCAUACCAAAGUGAUGAUGGAGACAACUCGAAGCUAUGUCGCGUUUGUGGCAAAAACAAUAUUGCUCUCAUACAUUUAUUUGGUGAAGAAGCAUCACACAAUAACUUAGUACAAAAAAUAAACAAAUAUCUGCCCAUUGUGGUGGACCUCCAUGACAAAUUACCUCUGGGUGUUUGCCAGUCGUGUGCAACUGCAGUGUUGAAUUGGCACAGUCUGGUGCAGUGCUGCAUAAAGGCAGACAAGUUGCUGGCUUCGAAGCUUCAACACAGUAAAGAAUCCAUCUGCAAACCAAAUGGUGAAAAUUCUACUAAAAAUGAUGAUGCUCAAAUGAGGUUAUCAACUAAUUAUUUAAUCUUAAUAUUGAAAGAAGUUUUAAAUGAUUACUUCAAGAUUCUGAAUGUCGACGAAGACAAUUCAGAUUUAAUGUAUGUUUGUCAAAUGUGCCCCGAGAACCCGGUAUCGACAUCUGCAGAAUGUUUGUAUGAUCAUUUGAUAGCCUCUCAUAAUAAAGAGCUUUGUGACAAGUCAGCUAUCGAGACAUUUGUAAAAGAAAACAUUACAUUUGAAGAAGUCCUGAAUAACGAUGAAGUAUCAGAUGCGGAGUCAGAGAAACAUGUUGCAGAUAUUCCUAAUUAUUAUUGCCCGUGUUGUGAGAGUGUGUUUUCAUCACCAACUCGCCUCAUAUGUCAUCUGAACAAACAUGUAGAAGUGAGCAUCGACGACGGGGUCUUGUGUUGCAAUAGUCUAUACUCUGACAAAAAAUCUUUCGUUUUACAUUUGCAAGAGAAACAUGUAAAUAAAACCAUAGAGACCGAGUUAAUCUGCAAAACAUGUGGGUCUGUCGAAGAAAACGCUCAGGCAUUGGAGAUACACAUAAACGAAAAACAUUCAGGUGUCGAAUACCAGAAGAAAAAAGUGGAGCCGAAUCCGAAGUGCCAGAAGUUCAUUCCCGCCGUGUGCCCCGAGUGUAACAAAACCUUCUCCAAUAAAUACAACAUGCUGAAACAUAUGGAGAGUCACACCAAUGUAACGAACUGCAAGUUUGUGUGUGAUAAGUGUAAUAAGACGUACAAGAGUCGAAGCAGCCUGGCUCAUCAUCAAAAGGUGUUCCACGAAGGUUGCUUACCGUUCAUAUGCUUCAUGUGUGGUGAGGGCUUCCCGACCCGCAUGGCCAGGGACAACCACGCGCGCAUCCACACUGGCUUCAAACCGUUUACUUGCCAGUAUUGCAACAAGUCAUGGACGCCCCACUGGGAGCGGAGUUAUUGCGAGCAGAGGAUACAUGAAUACGAUAGUCAUGAUUUCGAAGAGAUCGAUGGACUCGCCUCAGAUGAUGAUGACGACCAACCUCUUGCGAAUAUAGCGACAAAAAAAUUGGAUGUAUUUCAAAAUUUCUACAGAGCGCUUAAAAACUUCCGAAAUCACUUCAUGGAGGAACACGAUCGCUGUCAAUAUUCGGAUUUCUCCGAUUCUAGCGUGUCCGAAAACGAGGACACGGGUACGGGUGAUUUAAAUAGUUUCGACGAUUUGACACAAAGCAACAUGAGAAAGGACAAAAUGGACGAGGAGACUCGACUCGAACUGAGUCAAGUGCAGACGAAAGUAAACGGAAAAGUAUAUUUUACAUGUCGAACCUGCGGCAAGAACCUCAGCUCGACACAUACCUACAUCUACCACAAGCGCAUUCACACGGGCGAGAGACCCUGCGUGUGCCACAUCUGCGGCAAACAGUUCCGUGCGCCAAACGGUCUGCAGCGACACCUCACGGAGACGCACGAGCGGCAACGGCGCUACAUCUGCGCCGUGUGUACAAAGAACUUCGCCAACUCGCAGAACCUCAAGCAACACGUCCGCAUCCACACGGGCGAGCGGCCCUACGUGUGUGCGCAGUGCGGCAAACGCUUCACGCAGAGCGGCUCGCUGCACGUGCACCUCAAGACGCACGGGGCGCAGCUGCCGCACGCGUGCGCGGAGUGCGGGGCGCGCUUCCGCCUGCGGAGUGGGCUGGCGCGCCACCGCCUGCGGCACUCGGGCGAGCGGCCGCACGCCUGCUCCGCCUGCGGAAAGGCCUUCCGCCAGCGGCACGAGCUCGCCGCGCACGCGCUCACGCACUCCGACUGCAAGCCGCACGCCUGCGACACGUGCGGGUCCGCCUUCCGCCAGCGCCGCGCGCUGCGGCACCACUGCAGGCGACUGCACGCCGCACAAGCGACGCACGGCGCGCACGCGACACGCGACGUGCACGCGACACACGACGCGCACGCGACACACGACGCGCACGCGACACACGACACGCGCGAGACGCACGACACGCACGCGACACACGACGCGCUCGCGACACACCAGCCCGUCGCGCACGCGGUGCCGGUGUACGACCACGGGGCGCGCUACGAGUGAUAGUGAUCCGAUGUGCGUCUCUACAUCGGGCUCGAAGGACCAAUACUGUUUUGUACGUCAACAAAUAUAAUGUUUGUUUACAAACUC